ACUUUUGCACUAUAGUCCACAAGGCAAAUGGCGGCACACAUGAAGAGAUAUUUAUUUAAUAAACUAUCGAGGAUUUUGUUAAAUGUUGCUUUUGAUAAGCAAUCUCUAGGAUCGAAAACUAGUUAUCGGAUCAAUUUCAACCAAUUUAACCCUUCAAAAUAUUCUUCCUUGUUUGUAAACAACUUUCAGAAAAACUCAGUUCGGAAGUGCAGUACAAAUAGAAAUGAAAAUAAGAGAAUUGAUUUAAAAUUGAUGGAUUUUGAAGAAAGAAUAUGGCCUCAUCCACUAAAAGUUUUUCGUAACAAAUUCUUUGGUUUCCUCAUUCGAGGAUAUUUUGACCAUGAUUUUUCAAGUCAAGAAUUUUUAAAAGGUGCUGAACAGGUUGGAUGCAAAUUUUCCUCACUUUAAAAUUUAAUUUCUAGUUAUUUUACUAAUUGAUUGAAUAAUUAUUAAGGCAAUGAUAGUCGUUUCGAAUUUAAUAUCAUCUGGAAAUUUUAAAACUCUAUCGGAGAAGAAAUAUACGAUAAAAUCUAUAAUACCAGAAAUACAGAAGAACUAUAACCUGUUGACACAAUCUCAAAGGCACUUUAUUGCCGUCAAUGCAGAGGAUAUCUUCUUGCAGUUUAUUUAUGAAAUUGGUAUGAUUUUUGAUGACGCUACAAAGGAGCGCUAUGUUGAAAUAACUGCAGCUUUUCAAGGAUUGCAUGGCCUUGCGGAUUCGCAAAGACAAUCUGAAGAAGAUCUUUCAUUUCAAGAAUAUAUGGCUGAAUCCGGUGAAAAGCUUUAUGUUACCAAUUAUAGAUUCAUUAGAGAAUAUACCAAAGGAAAGGACGACGUAUGGGUUAUAAAUCGAUUAAACCAUUUCAGUCCUAAAGAAAUUGUAAGCAAAACUGGUAUUUUUGAUCGUUAGUUUUAAAUUACUAAUAUUUGUAUCUUCAUAAGAUGCGAUUGAAAAGUUUAUUUUAAUAAGACGAUUAAAUCUUAGAAUGAAAGACAAUAAAAUAUAAUAUCAAUAAUAAGACUUUCUAUUUUCAAGUUAAAUUUGCUGAUUUCAAUACGACGAAAAUAAGAAAACCAGGCCUUUAACUAGAAUUUAAAGGGCUAAAUUUUUUUUUGGGGCUUAAUAAGAAAAUAAUUUAUUUUCAAAAAUGCGCUACAAAUUGUCUUUUUUUUAGUUUUUCAAACAAAAAACAGGUUAUCAUACUAAAAAAAUUUAGCAUUGAUGGCAAUUUUUAUGAGUACACAAAAUAAAACACAUAUAAAUAAUAUAUG